AUGACGUCCGCCGGCGGGCCUAGUGACAAGAGACCACCAGAGUCGUCUAGUGCGGAGAAAAAUGACACCUUGAAAUAUCAGCUCCUCGGACCCUCUUUAACCAAAGCUGGACAAGAUAAGGUCGAUCAGCAAAAGGUUUCUGAAAUCAUUUAUAAUGCCUCGAAAGGCUCCAAGUUCUUCAACCAUGAACAAGAUCGCGAUCGAAAUCUCACGGUCAAAAUCGAGCGCAUUCGGAAGGAAAAAGCACGCCUGAGAGAAACUCGACCUGACCGCGAUCUCUCUCAGUAUGUCAUCCAUGUGGACUGUGACGCUUUCUUCGCGGCCGUCGAAGAAUUGGACCGGCCAGAGCUCAAGACCGUUCCUAUGGCAGUGGGGAAAGGCGUCCUGACCACCUGCAAUUACGUGGCAAGGCAAUUUGGGGUGCGCAGUGGAAUGGCCUCUUUUGUCGCCAAAAAGCUAUGUCCUCAGCUAGUCCUCGUAUCUCAAAACUACGAGAAGUACUCCGCCAAGGCUCAAGAGAUCCGCGAGAUCUUGGCUCAAUAUGACCCGCUAUUUGAGAGUGCUAGUGUUGAUGAGGCCUAUUUGAACAUAACUGCGUAUUGCUCAGCAAACAACAUGGACCCUGAAGAAACCGUGCAGAAAAUGCGUGCCCAGAUCCUAGAGAGAACCAAAAUCUCCGUAUCCGCCGGCAUUGCGCCCAAUGCAAAAAUAGCCAAGAUAUCGUCAAAUAUCAACAAACCAAAUGGACAAUUCCGGGUACCAAAUGAGCGAAAAGCGGUCAUGGAAUUCAUGAAAGAUCUCCCCGUUCGAAAGGUCAAUGGAGUUGGCCGAGUGUUUGAACGAGAGCUGGAUUCCAUCGGUAUCAAAACAUGCGGGGACGUAUACCCCCAGCGUGCCCUUCUCUCGAAGUUAUUUGGUGAAAAGGCUUUUCAGUUCCUAGCCCAGUGCUACCUUGGGCUAGGCCGAACAAAGAUCGAACCAGUGGAGACUCAUGAGCGCAAGAGCGUAAGUACGGAAAGUACAUUCCACGAGAUUGGCGAUAAAGAAGAACUUCGUGACAAACUACGAUGGGCAGCCCAGGAAAUGGAAAAAGACUUGUUGCGAACGCAAUUCAAGGGCCGGACCCUCACGCUGAAGGUGAAACUACACACGUUUGAGGUUCUUACGCGCCAAACAGCCCCUCCACGGGCGGUCUCUUCGGCAAAGGACUUGUACGACUUCGCUGUGCCAAUGUUGGCCAAGCUUGAGAAAGAUAUCCCAGGAAUGAAACUGCGCCUUCUUGGCUUGCGGUGCUCAAAUCUAGUGAGCACUAAAAAGAUCAGUGUCAACUUUUUCGGCCCAGCCUCGGCGCAUCAAAGACCGAGAACAGUGGAGCCACCUCCACAUCAAGAUCAUGAAAUCGGCGCGGAAGAAGCCUUUGAGGCCGCAGCCCGGCAGGAAGUGCAGGAUGAAAUGAAUGACCUAGAGCAGCUUAGCCAGGAAACCGGCCUCCCGGGGCAAGGAGCAGAGGAUAUUGCCGAUGACCGGACUUUCAAUGACCAUGUGGACUUCUGCCUCUCGCGGCAAACCAUCCGCGAAGUGGUCCAGGACACAUCUGAAACCGCACUAUCGAAUCUCAUGGCGUCCAAUCCCCCCAACCCUCCCAACCUCAUCCGCAAGAGGAAGAACCCUUCCCAGCCCGUCAGUUCCGAGCCCGAUCCUCGGCAAAAGAGACUAUUCUUCCAAUGA